AUGGCGGGCCCCGUCGAAUACACCCCUUCCUCGUCACCUCUGUCACCGACAGCAUCGUUCUACGAUGUCAGCGACGAUGACGAGGACGAGUACAACACUAUCGCCCACGCCCGGUCAGGCCGUGGGGUGAAGCUGCUGUAUUCCAAAAGCAAGGUAUACUCGCCCGGUCUUCUCUGCAAGUUGCAAAACUCACUCAUAUCCAAGGUUUAUGUCCAUCCUACGCCAUCUGCCAAAGACAACAUUGCUGGCUUCAUCGCCCUCAUUCAACAGAAGCACCCACCAACCUCCAGCCCUCCUCCCGCCGUCAACUCUAAUCCUAGCGAUGUCUCUUCCUACCUCCUAGCAUGGAUCCCCGAAUCAUCAUUAGGUGAUGCUUACAGCACCUACGUGAAAGUUGACUUGUCCGAUGAUUCACCCUCCCCCCGACAACGAUACCUAGUACCGCCGCUUCCGACCACCACAACCCAUCGAGAUCCGAUCGGCCUCUACUCAUUCGCAGUUCCUGUCUCAGAAAUCUAUUCUCUUCUAGUGCGACCUCCGAGUCUCGGUUGGUGGUUUGGAAGUUUGGUUAUCAAUACGCGUGCAGGCGACAGCUUUCCGGCAUUGUUCUUCCACGAUAGCGAGUGCGAAUCGACGAUAUUACAGAAGAAGAAACGCGUUAAAGAAAGCUUCGAUCCGUUUGAUAAUGAUGGAGGUCUGUUCUGGGGUGGAGAUGAGGUUCUACGCUGGCUGAGAAACUACGUCGAAGUCCAUCGUUCUGCAGUUGACAGGAACGUUUACCUGAUCAACCCAUCUGAGGAGGAUCAGCUCUCCUUCGGCCGUUCAGUAGCUGCUGGGGAUGGAUCGUUACCCAAGACUCAACACGACGCUACCGCUUCCGGUCCCAGUGCGGCUGGAAGGGAUGCUAGCAUGGACCCUUUCAUGAAAACUUUAAAAGAGACUCGGUGGAAGGUGCUGGAGCAACUGAGCAAGAUCACAACAUUUACAAGGCGAACGGCCAACGAGAUCGCCGACAACCCACGGAUUCCACCACAGGUCCGACGUCUGAUGAAGAAUCCAGAGAUUCAAACCUUGCAGGAUGAAUUUGAUAGCGCCCGGCUUUAUCUGGCUAGGUGGGCCAUGAGUAUUGCCGAACAAAGCGAAAAAGAACGGAAGCAGCGGAUAUUUACCGCCCAGGAUAUGCUUGAGUCUGAGAAUAGUGCAGUUGGGGACUUCGAAAUUCUGGAACUUGAAACAGGAAAUCUAGCUCUUCAAGAACGGCGUCGGAUCGUCACACUUUCAGAGUGGAAAGGGUUUUUUGACUCGACUUCGGGAAGGUUGCAGCUGACCGUGGAAGAAGUUAAGGAGCGUAUCUUUCACGGAGGCUUGGAUCCAAAUGACGGGGCUCGGAAAGAAGCAUGGCUCUUCCUGCUGGGGAUAUUUCCGUGGGAGAGCAGUCAUGAGGAACGCCAGGCAAUCAUGAACUCAAAGCGAGAUGAGUAUAUUCGCUUGAAGGCAGGUUGGUGGGAACGAAUGGUGGAGGGAAACUCCACCACGGAGGAGUAUGAGCACUGGAAAGAUCAAAAGAAUCGAAUAGAGAAGGACGUUCACCGUACUGACCGCACCAUUCCUCUUUUUGCUGGAGAGGAUAUUCCUCAUCCUGACCCUGACUCCCCGUUUGCCGAUACGGGGACCAAUGUGCAUCUCGAGCAAAUGAAGGACAUGCUAUUGACAUACAACGAGUACAACCCUGACUUGGGCUACGUUCAAGGAAUGAGUGACCUUCUUGCCCCGCUUUAUGCAGUCAUGCAAGAUGAUGCUGUGGCCUUUUGGGCAUUUGUAGGCUUCAUGGAUCGAAUGGAACGCAACUUCCUCAGAGAUCAGUCUGGCAUGCGUUCUCAACUCCUUGCUCUUGACCACCUAGUACAACUCAUGGAUCCACAACUCUAUCUCCAUCUUCAAUCAGCGGAUAGUACUAAUUUCUUUUUCUUCUUUCGCAUGCUAUUGGUUUGGUACAAGCGCGAGUUUGAAUGGGGAGAUGUUCUUCGUCUAUGGGAGACAUUAUGGACAGACUACUUCUCGAGUAGUUUCCAUCUAUUUAUCGCCCUCGCCAUCUUGGAGAAGCAUCGUGACGUCAUAAUGGAUCAUCUGAAGCAUUUUGACGAAGUACUGAAAUACAUCAAUGAACUUUCCAACACUAUGGACAUUGUGCCUAUUUUGACACGGGCUGAGUCGCUCUUCCACAGGUUUGAACGCUCUGUUCAAGCAAUUGACAAGAAGGACAACUUUCCAGCUCCAACUGCCAUACAACGCCGACCGACAAGCACCAGUCCAGAUCCAUCAGGAAAGGGCAAAUCGCCCCAGCAGCGCACUGUUGGAUCCAGUAGCGGUGUCAAGCCUCCAACUGCUCUUCAACAGGCGAUUGAUAAAGAUAAGCCAAAAGUGAUCUCACCCGAACUACGAGAGCUACUCCGAAAGGAUAUUCCUUGGAGACGGCAACAAACUUCGUAG